CGGCCGCAGGAGAUCCCAGAGAGAGGCAAGGCACGUCAACGUGACCGACCGGGGGGGGGGUGGAACGCAACGCGGUGGUUAUCGCCGAGAGAUUGGAUUUUAUGCCCACCGACACUGGACGAGGCGCUCCGCCGAGAAGCAUCGCUCCGCUCCGGGACGAAAAGGCGAACGUAACGCCCUGACACCGUCUUCUGGCACCGGAAACCCGUUAGCUUUCUCUGCUAACGCAAGCUAGCUAGCCUAGCUGUUACAUACCCACGCAACUGACCUCCACCACAACACAGGCUCACCGUGUAUCAUUUGCGUUGCUAGUUUUCUUUUUUUUUCGGGGGGGUGUGGAGGGGAGAGGGGGGGGUCACCAUUCUCCCUGUGUCUUCACGUCCGCUGUCCCACACCCCCACGCGUGUGGUGCCCCCGUGGACGGUCCCCGAAUAUGAGACAUAAUGAGUCAAAGAGACACUUUGGUUCAUCUGUUCGCUGGAGGAUGUGGGGGCACGGUAGGAGCCAUAUUGACGUGUCCGCUGGAAGUCGUGAAGACCCGCCUGCAGUCCUCCUCCAUCACCCUCUACGUGUCUGAGGUGCAGCUCAGUACGGUCAACGGGGCCAGCGUGGCUCGCAUGUCCCCCCCGGGCCCCCUGCACUUCCUCAAGUUGAUCUUGGAGAAGGAAGGACCUCGCUCUCUCUUCAGGGGCCUGGGGCCAACGUUGGUGGGUGUGGCGCCUUCCAGAGCGAUCUACUUCGCCGCCUACUCCACGGCCAAAGAGAAGCUGAACGGCGUGCUGGAGCCCGACUCCACGCAGGUCCACAUGGUGUCUGCAGGAAUGGCAGGUUUUACAGCCAUCACAGCAACCAAUCCAAUAUGGCUGAUAAAAACCCGUCUCCAGCUGGAUGCGAGGAAUCGAGGCGAGCAGCAGAUGAGCGCGUUCGAGUGCAUGCGGCGGGUGUACCGGUCGCAGGGCCUGCGGGGCUUCUACCGGGGAAUGUCUGCGUCCUACGCCGGCAUCUCAGAGACUGUGAUCCACUUUGUGAUCUAUGAAAACAUCAAGCGGCGCCUCCUGGAGGCCAAGGCGCCGCCCAACAUGGACGAGGAGGAGGAGACGUCCAAGAACGCUUCGGACUUUGUUGGGAUGAUGCUCGCCGCCGCCACCUCGAAGACCUGUGCCACUACCAUCGCGUAUCCUCACGAAGUGAUCCGCACCCGGCUACGCGAGGAGGGCACCAAGUACAACGCGUUCUUCCAGACUCUGACGACGGUGCCCCGGGAGGAGGGCUACCGCGCCCUGUACCGCGGCCUCACCACCCACCUGGUGCGCCAGAUCCCCAACACCGCCAUCAUGAUGUGCACCUACGAGCUGGUGGUCUACCUCCUGACUGGUUAAAAUGCCUUCCCUUUGCCCCCCCCUCCCUCCCUAUGUAGACAGUGUGUGUAACCUUCACCCCCCCCUCCCCUCGUCUGGAAAAGGGGGAAGAGAGAGACAGCCGGCUCGCCAGAAGAGCCUUUUAGUUUUUGCGGUUGUUAAAAAUAAAUUUUGUUUUAUAACCAAACGGGUCUGGCACAGUGGACGGAGGAAGGGGGGGGAGUGCGGCGGUGGCGGCGAUGUUUGUCCCACCGGUUUGGGGACCAGGGUUUAAAAGCGGCAGAGAAAUGUGUCGCCCUAUUUCUAGGAUUAUUCCAUCCCCCCCCCCCCACGACCCUCCCAUUAGAUGCGGUGACAGAGUUACGGUAUAUUUUGCAUCUAAAAUACUAAUAAUGAAAGACAAGGACAGCGAUUCCAAUCAUUAGCACCGUAGUGGAUAUUAGGCCCCGCCCCCAAUCCUUCAGCAGGAGGUCACUUCUAUUUGCAUCAUGCAGUGUUUCCUGCAGCCAUCAGAGUACUACUAGAGGAGCAGAAUGCUCAAGUAUCUGACUUGGGGGGGGGGGGGGUAGAAGAGUGCCUUGUAUACGGCACAGUGGCCGUAGGAGGGGGGGGGGCGCUCCCCUGAGAGGUUGUUGGCGUCCUGAAAUACCAACGAGGGAACCGAAAUGUCGAACGUGUUAAUGACGUCGACACCUGCUGGUGUUAAAAGGAAAGAGGAGCACUCACUUUGAAGGAAAAAAACAAACAAAGUCCCCCAGGAUAAACCAAAAUGUGUAAUUUGAACUACUGGAAUGUAAGUAAAAACAGACCCCAUGUCGUCAAAAUAAAUGUGAUGGAGCCAUUUUAACAGAGCUGUAAAUACGUUGCGUUGCAUUCGUCUGUCCGGAGGUGGCCAGAUGCAAACCGCUGGUUCAGAUCCACCGGUCCGAUGCCCAAAACAACAACAACAACAACAACGACGACGUCGUGGUCGUCUCGUAGCAGAUGUCUUCUGCUCCAGAAGGCUCAUCUCAUGUUGUUGUUGUUUAUUUGUGUUCCCUCGGUUGGAGGUUCCAGGGUAGUCUCUCAGUCAGGGCGUGGAGGACGUGGUCAGCAAUAUGCUCUUCAUAAGUGCACGUUGAUUCAAUGCAGACCAGGUGGGGGGGAAACAAACGGGGGACUAUUGUUGGUUUUCUCUGCGUAUUCAGUGGUUUUUGAAGACUGAUCAGCUGCGUUUAAAGAAAAGUGUUUUAAAUUCCCUUCAGUCAUUGUGUGUGUGUGUGUGUGUGUGUGUGUGUGUGUGUGUGUGUGUGUGUGUGUGUGUGUGUGUGUGUGUGUGUGUGUGUGUGUGUGUGUGUGUGUGUGUGUGUGUGUGUGUGUGUGUGUGUGUGUGUGUGUGUGUGUGUGUGUGUGUGUGUGUGUGUGUGUGUGUGUGUGUGUGUGUGUGUGUGUGUGGCUGUUUUUCUCUAAAUUGUUGCCUUUUCCUGCCGCCUGUUUGUUCCCCUCCACCUUGGAUAGAUGAGCUGGGGAGAGGGGGGGGGCCUCAGGCCUAUGCAUUCUCUCAUACCUGUUUUUGUAAAAACAGGAAAGCCAAUGAAUUCCGUGCAAGUGUAUUUAAGUGUCGGGGACUCAGUCGGUCUCGACCUUUCUAAUGGAACUUCUCAAAACUGAGAUUAAAAAACGAAAUUCCUCGCAUUGUGUGCAUUUCUUGUUCCUUUCACUUCAACAAUGUGUCAAUGGGAUCUGCAAAAGUUAAUAUGCAUGCCAUCCUUAUCUCAAACACAAUUCAGCUUAAGGAAAUUAUUCCUUACAUUCCUUUCAUGCACUAUCUUUAAGCAGUGGUGCCGGAAAAUGUCUGCUUUUUAGUAAAUGCAUCAGAAAGGAUCUUUUCCUGUGAAGACAGAAGUUUUAUUUUGAAAACCCUGUGUGCAUUUAAUGAUUUGUUGGACUUUAGUAUAAAAUUGCAAAUAAAAUGUAGAAUGCCUCUUUGUAAGAUAUGUCGUGAACCUUUGUACAAGUAUCUGGUGGUCCGUGUUUAUGAGGGUGACAUUCUUGCUCGGCUCCACUGCUCCCGUUGCCUAGCAACCGACAAUAAAAGCCUUACUAAUAAAGGUUUCUUUUACUAUCUCUAAAUUCUGA